ACAUAGAAAAUGGUUAAUGAUAAAUCCCCUAAUUGUUGGUGUUUGGGUGGGGGUUGUGGGGAAGAGCUUAGGGGGGCAAACCUGCAUUAUUCUGGUGUUGCUUUGUUUUGCUCCUGAUUUUUUACUUUUUUAUUGGAAAUAUGUGCCUGUUUCUAUGAUUGAAGUUUAAACCAGUUAUUCAGAAUUUUGAACCGUAGAAUGGAGGCCUAGUGUCCAUCGUAAAGUGAAUAGUAAUUUUGAGUACCUACGUUUUCUCCUCACAGGACAGGGUCUGUAUUGUAUUUUGUCUCUACUUAGAUAUUCAGUUCCUUCUAGACCCUUGACCUUUUCUAAGCCACAAAGCCCAACUAGUUCAGAUCUGUAAGCUGCAAGAAUAAACCUAGGAUCUGCUACGAUGGCGUCCGAUGACUUUGAUAUAGUGAUUGAGGCCAUGCUGGAGGCUCCCUAUAAAAAAGAGGAGACCCCACAGGAUGAGCAGCAAAGGAAAGAGGUUAAAAAGGACAGCCCUAGCAAUACCACCAAUAGCACCAGCAGCACUGGCAACAGUGGCAAUGCUACCAGUGGGAGCAGCGCCAGUGGGGAGGCAAGCAAGAAGAGGAGGAGUCGGAGCCAUAGUAAAAGCAGGGACAGAAAGCGCAGUCGUAGUCGAGACCGGGAUCGGCAUAGGCGGAGAAGCAGUCGGAGCUGGAGUCGAGAUCGGCAGCGUCGUCACCGCAGCCGUAGCUGGGAUCGUCGACGUAGUAGUGAGUCACGGAGUUGGGACCGGCGUCGUGAGGAUCGUGUGCGCUACAGGAGCCCACCACUUGCCCCUGGGCGUAGGUACGGACAAAGUAAAAGUCCUCAUUUCAGAGAGAAGAGCCCAGUCAGGGAGCCAGUUGAUAAUUUGAGUCCCGAGGAGCGUGACGCCCGCACAGUUUUCUGUAUGCAGUUAGCUGCCCGCAUUCGGCCUCGAGACCUGGAGGACUUUUUCUCUGCUGUUGGCAAGGUUCGUGAUGUACGUAUCAUCUCAGAUCGGAACUCACGUCGUUCUAAGGGCAUCGCCUAUGUGGAAUUCUGUGAAAUCCAGUCUGUGCCACUGGCCAUUGGGCUGACCGGGCAGCGCCUGUUGGGAGUGCCUAUCAUUGUACAGGCUUCACAGGCUGAGAAAAACCGACUGGCAGCCAUGGCCAACAACCUGCAGAAGGGCAGUGGUGGGCCAAUGCGCCUCUAUGUGGGCUCCUUGCACUUUAAUAUCACCGAGGACAUGCUCCGGGGCAUCUUUGAGCCUUUUGGCAAAAUUGAUAAUAUUGUCCUGAUGAAGGACUCAGAUACGGGCCGCUCUAAAGGUUAUGGUUUCAUUACGUUCUCUGACUCCGAGUGUGCCCGGCGGGCCUUGGAACAGUUGAAUGGCUUUGAGCUUGCUGGUCGACCUAUGAGGGUUGGCCAUGUGACUGAGCGACCGGAUGGUAACACAGACAUCACUUUUCCUGAUGGAGACCAGGAGCUGGAUCUGGGAUCAGCAGGUGGCCGUUUGCAGCUCAUGGCCAAAUUGGCAGAAGGGUCUGGAAUCCAGCUGCCAACCACAGCUGCUGCUGCUGCCGCCCAAGCUGCUGCCUUGCAACUGAAUGGAGCAGUUCCCUUGGGGGCCCUGAACCCAGCGGCUCUGACUGCUCUGACUCCGGCUCUGAACCUUGCCUCCCAGGCCAUCGCCUCGCAGUGCUUCCAGCUUUCCAGCCUCUUUACCCCCCAGACCAUGUAAAUCAGUGGUGCAGUACACUGCCUCCCUGUGCCUCUGGGUCCUGCCACUCCCUUCUCCACAUCUACUCUUCCAUGGCCUCUUUUCUUCAUUUUGUGGACCACGCCAUCCUAAGGGCAUGGGCAUUGACUCUCGGGGAAUUGAGGCCACCCUUAGACACCAAGAAGAACUCCUGCCCAUGGCCCUACUGGGAAUGGACUCUGCUGAGCAAAGCUGCUGGUCA